AUGGGACUGCUAACCCAUCGCUUCCGGUUCGUCGUGGCGUUCGGAUGCUUCUUAUGUCUUACUUCUAUCAACUCCAAUUAUAUCACCAUGAAUUUCACGUUUAUUUGUAUGGAAAGUGAUAUGGAGGGAGCGAUAGCUGAUGAAAAUGGGACACUACACAGCCGCUUCAAAUACACGCCCAGCGACAAGAAUUUUAUAGUAUGGGCCGUGGCUGCCGGGACGAUACUUGGCACUUUUCCAAUCAAUUGGGCUUAUAUAAAUUAUGGAGCGAGGAUACCAUUUUUCAUCGCCGGUACCCUAUCUGUAAUCGCUACCGCCAUGAUCCCACUGGCUGCCAGUGCUUCUUUCUAUUUUCUGCUGUCAUUGCGGUUUGUUCAGGGUCUUGCCUACUCGGCUGACUUCGCUGCUAUCGGCUUGGUUACGAUCUGCGAUUCUUCUCUCGGAUGGCGCUGGGCCUUCUACUCGCAUGCUUUUGUAUGCGCUAUAUUCUUUAUUGCCUGGAUCUUCUACUACACCGACAACCCGGCCACCCACAAAGCCGUCGACACCGAGGAGCUCAAAAAGAUCCAGAAAGACAAGACUCAAGCUCAUUUGGAUGGGGAUAGUUACGUCCCGUACUGGUCCAUCUGCCAGAACCGCACCAUCAUGGUGGUGUGGUUCAAUUCUUUCGCCGAAAUGACCACCGUCACCCUGCUCCUCACCUACAUGCCGCUUUAUUUUCAUAAAGCGAUCUGCACCAACCCGACCAUGCUGGUGGUGUGGUUCAAUUCGUUGACCGAGAUGACCACCGGCAUCCUGCUGCUGACGUAUAUGCCUUUGUAUUUUCAUAAAGUCCUCGGCUUCGACGUUGUGACCACCGGAAUCUUGGCCGCAGUCACUUCAUUUAUGCAUGCUCCUCUCAAAUACCUUUCCGGUUAUUGCAGUGACAAGAUUACCUCGAUCCCCGAAGGCAUCAAGAUGCAAUUCUGCAACUUCAUCGCCGUCGGCUUUGCCGGUAUCUGCUGCAUCGUAAUUGGCAUUGUCAAGACGAGCGGUGGUGGAGUGGUGGCUGUGUGUUUCUUCGCCGGUGUCUACCUAGCCAUGGCCGCAAAUUGCGGCGGCUUUUACAAGUGUGGCACUUUGGUGUCUAGGCAAUACGCCCAUUUCGUACUUGCAACAAUCCAAUUUAUGAAGUGCGUAGCGUUGGUCGCCGCUCCGGCUAGUUGGGCAAUUUUUGUGAGGAAUGAGAGUGAUGCUACUGAGUGGUCGUACGUCUUCUACCUGAACGGGGCUGUAUUGAUCCUUGCCAACAUCAUGUUCGUCUUCGUGUGCACCGAUCAACCGGCCGAUUUUACCUACAUUACGAGAGACAAUCCGGAGGGCAAGCAUCGUGUAGCACCAGCAAAAAUUGCGAACGGACAAGCGGAUCAGAAGACGUCGGAAAGCGCGCUCACCGCCGAAAAACUGAAAGUUGAUGAAGAGCCAGAAUCGCAGAAGGAAUCUCAAAAAGCA